GUGGUGCUGACCCGCUUCCUUCCCUCCCUCUCUUCGCUCCCCUUCCCCCCCCCAAAAUCCUUUUCCUUCCUCCCUUCCGCCCGCCCAUCGCCGACAUCCUCCUCCGGUCGCCUCCUCCCCACCCACCCCCCCCCGCCCCGGGCUGCGCGGCCCCCGCCGCCUCUGCGAGCGCUGCGCAUAUCGCCCGAGCCUGCAGCACCGAGCGAAUGUAUGAAAACAUGUCCACAAUGGUGUAUUUAAAGGAAGAGAAGUUGGAGAAGCUUACUCAAGAUGAAAUCAUUGCCAAAACUAAGCAAGUGAUUAAUGGACUAGAGGCACUGAAGAAUGAACACAAUUCAAUUUUACAGAGCUUACUUGAAACACUGAAAUGUUUGAAGAAAGAUGAUGAAACUAAUCUGGUUGAAGAAAAAUCAAACAUGAUUCGAAAGUCACUGGAAAUGCUGGAGCUUGGCCUUAGUGAAGCACAGGUAAUGAUGGCCUUGUCAAAUCACUUAAAUGCAGUGGAAUCAGAGAAGCAGAAAUUGCGGGCUCAGGUUCGCCGGCUAUGCCAGGAAAAUCAGUGGCUACGGGAUGAACUAGCCAAUACACAACAGAAACUACAGAAAAGUGAGCAAUCUGUGGCUCAACUGGAGGAAGAAAAGAAACAUCUAGAAUUCAUGAAUCAAUUAAAAAAAUAUGACGAUGAUAUUUCACCAUCAGAGGAUAAAGAUACCGAUUCCACCAAAGAGCCUUUGGAUGACUUAUUUCCCAAUGAUGAAGAUGACCAAGGACAAGGAAUUCAACAGCAGCAUAGCAGUGCUGCAGCUGCUGCCCAGCAAGGUGGCUAUGAAAUUCCAGCAAGAUUAAGGACCCUCCAUAAUCUUGUUAUUCAGUACGCUUCCCAAGGUAGAUAUGAGGUUGCUGUACCUCUCUGUAAACAAGCUCUUGAAGAUCUGGAGAAGACUUCAGGUCAUGAUCAUCCUGAUGUUGCCACUAUGUUGAACAUACUUGCUUUGGUGUACAGAGACCAGAACAAAUACAAAGAUGCAGCAAAUCUCCUGAAUGAUGCCUUGGCUAUCCGCGAAAAGACUUUGGGCAAAGAUCAUCCAGCGGUGGCAGCAACUCUAAACAACCUUGCAGUACUUUAUGGUAAACGGGGAAAGUACAAAGAAGCUGAACCGUUGUGUAAGCGAGCUCUGGAAAUCAGAGAAAAGGUCCUGGGGAAAGAUCACCCUGAUGUUGCCAAACAAUUAAAUAACUUGGCUUUACUAUGCCAGAACCAGGGUAAAUAUGAGGAGGUUGAAUACUAUUAUCAGAGGGCACUGGAAAUUUACCAAACUAAGCUGGGACCAGAUGAUCCAAAUGUUGCAAAAACAAAGAAUAACCUGGCAUCCUGCUAUCUAAAACAGGGCAAAUUUAAGCAAGCGGAAACUUUAUACAAAGAGAUUCUUACUCGCGCUCAUGAACGGGAAUUUGGCUCUGUAGAUGAUGAAAAUAAGCCUAUUUGGAUGCAUGCAGAAGAGAGGGAAGAAUGCAAAGGAAAGCAAAAAGAUGGCACAUCUUUUGGAGAAUAUGGUGGCUGGUACAAAGCUUGCAAAGUUGACAGUCCAACAGUAACAACUACCUUAAAGAACCUUGGGGCACUUUACAGACGACAGGGCAAAUUUGAAGCUGCUGAAACAUUAGAAGAGGCAGCAAUGAGAUCUCGUAAACAGGGUCUUGACAAUGUUCAUAAACAGAGAGUUGCUGAAGUGCUGAAUGACCCUGAGAGCAUAGAAAAAAGGCGAAGCCGAGAAAGCCUCAAUGUUGAUGUGGUAAAGUACGAGAGUGGUCCUGACGGAGGCGAGGAAGUGAGUAUGAGCGUAGAAUGGAAUGGGGAUGGCACUGGAUCUUUAAAACGCAGUGGUUCCUUUAGCAAACUUCGUGCUUCCAUUAGACGCAGCAGUGAGAAGCUGGUUAGAAAGCUGAAGGGAGGAAGUUCACGGGACAGUGAACCAAAGAAUCCAGGCAUGAAGCGUGCCAGUUCUCUGAAUGUUCUUAACAUGGGUGGCAAGGCUACUGAAGAUCAUUUUCAAGAACGAAAUAAUUGUCUGACAGACUCGAGAGCUCUGAGUGUCAGUCAUACUGAUUUGGCGCAUUGAGAUUCUUGGACAGAAGCUAGCUAAUAUUCCUUUGUGAAUAAAGAAGCACUGAGACCUUCAAAGCUUUGGUUCCUCAUCUUUAUGUAUAGGAACACCUAGUUUGUAGAUUUUUGGGUUUGUUUUUUUUUUUUUCCAAUGGACUGCUGUUUUUACUUUUCUAAAUAGGGAUGAUUUUAAACACAGCAUUAGUGGGUAUUUUCUUCUACAGGAAAACUAUAUAGAUAUAUAUUGCUCAUUGCACUGCUCCCAUUCAUGCUACUUUGAGUUCUUUAAUAGAUCUGAAUAUUACAGCAGCCAAAAAAAAAAAGUAAAAAUAUGAACAUAUUUAAAGCAUACCAAAAUGCGAAGAUGUUUGAAAAUGCAGAUAAAAUUAAGUGUGUGGCAGUAAAUAUAUACAGUGCUGGAAUGAGAAAAGGAUAAGUUUAUGCGCAUUACUGUAUAAACUCGAAUUGAGCAUACUGUAUUGGUGGGGCUUUCCUUUGCACCACUGAUUAUUGUAAUGUUAGAACCCUUAGCUGGCAAAACAGCACUUGGACACAGCUUACUUAACCACUAGAUUGAGCUAUUAAAUUUUAGAGAAGAAAUGGUUGGGGUUACGUUACCGAUAGAUAGCGUGAGUAGCAAUACCUGUGACCAUAACUUUGAUACUUGUUGAUGUAAGUCUUAGGGCACAAUAGUCGAUGGAGACAGGACAGUUGAUGUUGAUCAGGAGAAAUGGAAAAUGUUUUGACCUUUACCUUGUAUGGUUGAAGAAUACUGAAGUUUUGGACUGCGACUGUCCCAGAGCAGCUGCUGUUGCUCUUAGGGAGACAUCAAGCCUCAGGUUGACUUUCUUGCUUGUCCACUGGAAUUCACAAUCCCAUUCUCUGUAUGCUGAAAGUGCUCCAACACUUCCUUAUGCCGAUCCCAAAUCCUGCCGUUCUCCAUAAUAGCUGAUGACAGCAGCAGCGGGCAACUGCACGCUAGGCUGUUACACUGUGGAGUAGCUGCUGUGCAAAGGACCACUCGAAUCCGAAGGGCCCCAGUGGAAGCACGAGAUGGCCAUAAGUGGCAAGCAACUCGUUUGACCACGCAUCCAUGUUAAAUCUACUUACGGUUAAUAUAUAUGCUGUCUGUAUACAGGACUGCUGCUGGAACUAAGUAUGUAUGUUUUAAGUAUUUUAUAGACUAGUAUUUCCUCUUGCUUUUCUGUAAAGCUUGUAAUUUUGUUCAUCUUUUGUAAAAAUUCUUACUCAUGUGAAGUUGGAUGAGAAAGUAAAAAAAAACCACCAGCGUGUGUACAGAUGUAUUUGUGGUCAUAGCUGUGAGUUGGAAAAUGCCAAACGAAAUUAACUUUGGGAAAAGCUGGAAUAUUCAAGGUUAGCGCCAACUGAAGGAGGUAAAACAUAGGGACAUGUUUUAGUAUUUGAACAGGCUGUGAAGAGUCAUUAGAAUUAGUACUUUGUAGAAGUAUUUGACUGGCUUUGCAUCUGGUUUUAAGUUGUGUUACAAUACCUGAUGCAAAAAGUUGUAUAUGUAAUGCACUUGACUAUGUUUACCAGGAGGUACCUUAUUAGCAUCUCUUCAAAGAAAGCUGCGUAUGGUAUACCUGCUAUAAAGACAGUUUAGAAAUGGUGAGAUACGAUGCUGCUAAUAUGUAGAAGUUUUAGCACAGAGUAGUGCAAUUCAUUAAUGAACUCGAGCAAGAACAGAUUGUUGCUCAGUUAUCUUAACAAUGUAUACUCAUAUAAUGUAGACUCUUGAGUUUUAAUCUUUUUAUUAAGAGCUUUUUAUAUUAAAAAAAACCCAUAAUAUAUAUACUUUUUUUCCCCCUAAAGCAAAACAUGUUAUAUGCACCCAUUGGUUAAUCCAGUUCUCUGCACAAAGCCAGACCGAGCUAGCUUUGCACAAGGAGCUGUACAGGCGGUUGCCAAGCUGGGUGGGUACCCGAGCCCAACCGACAGGCGGGCCGAGGAGACGGCAGGAGAACCCUGCCGCAGCUGGCGCUUCCCCGAGCAGCCUGCAAUGGUGUCAGCGGUCCCUCUGGCCGUACCCGUGAGCAACUGGCACUGCAGACACCCCUUGCAGUCAACCCGGUUCACACCAGCACGGUGCUACUGCUGUAGGAGUGGCUCAGCGGGCCUCGUAACACACAGUUCUGUGGAGUUGAGUGUUUCACUCGGAGACCGUUACAGAAGUCCGGCUUCCAAAAAAAACCCACAAAACUGUGUGGACACAGAACUGACUUUGGUAAUAAGGAAUUCCUUAAAAGAAAUUGAAGAGUGUGUUUUCUACAUUCAUCUUUCAACUUUUGAAGGAAAAUUAUUUUUGCAACCUCUCAAAAAAAAAAAACCAACCAAACUCGUGUAAAUAGCAAUAAAAUAUUUAACCAUGCCAGAUUACAAUGUACAUUAAGUUUUUAAAAUGCAAGACCGUGGUAUAUUGAUGGUGAUAGUGAGGGAACUUUCUUGUUCAGGGUCUUACUGUUGGUGGCAUUACUAGUACUGUGCUUUUAAAUGUUUUAAACCUUUAUAUAGUAUUUUAAAGUGUGUUGGAAGAUUAAGUUGUUGAGCUACUGCUUAUUAAACAAUUCUUACACUUAAAAGGUUAAAUUUUUUUUCAGAGAAGAAACAAAUUUCUAGACUUCUCUAAUGCGUAAAUCCCCAAGAAUGACAGCCAAGUCCUUCCAGUUACAAGCCAAUGAGCUGUUUGCAGUUUGAGAAGAACUUGUAAAGUACAAAAACAAAGUUUAGGUCAACAUUCCUUGUGUUUGACUCACGAAUGAAUUACUGUCAGGAUAUGGUUUGUAUACAUUGAAAUUUCAGGUGGGCUUCUCAGUUUGCUUUUAUGUAAGAUUUUUUUCUGAAUUUCCUCUGUUCCAGUUGUAGCUAACAGUCUGCAUAAAGUAUAAAAGCAGAAUACCCAGUUGUAUAAUUCUUGGAUGUCUUCAGUACCAAACCAAAUCAACAGCUCUGAUGAAACAGAAAACUAGAAAAGACCUUCAAAAUUGACAGGCAUCUUGUUAGGAAAAAUGCAGCUGUGGUAGUGCUGUUGUGGUUUUAUUGUAGCAAGUUUGUCCUUGCCCAGAAUUGUAAGGGUGAACUUCAUUAAAAACAUCGUGAGGACUCCGGGUUAGGCCAGUUCGUCUAGAUUCUCCUAUGAACAGUGGCUAGUUCUUCUGGGGUAUGCAGUCAGCGAGGGUCGUGUGUAGGAUGAAUCACGCAUGGAAUUGUUACUGAUAGAAAGGUGCCUGUUGCCCUUCUGUCAGUCUGGUUGUGUGCUGGUCCUUAGGAAUAUUGGCAAUAUUUGGUCUUGAGUUUAG